CCGCCCGGCGCCCUGGCCGGCCGCUCGCCGGGCUCCCCGGUCAUGUCUCCCGCCCGACUCCGGCCCCGCCUGCGGUUCGGCUUGCUUCUGCUGCUGCUGCUGGUGCCGGCGGCGGGCGGCUGCGGGCCGGGCCGGGUGGUGGGUAGCCGCCGGCGGCCGCCGCGCAAGCUCGUGCCGCUCGCCUACAAGCAGUUCAGCCCCAACGUGCCCGAGAAGACCCUGGGCGCCAGCGGCCGCUAUGAAGGCAAGAUCGCGCGCAGCUCCGAGCGCUUCAAGGAGCUCACCCCCAACUACAACCCCGACAUCAUCUUCAAGGACGAGGAGAACACCGGCGCCGACCGCCUCAUGACCCAGCGCUGCAAGGACCGCCUGAACUCACUGGCCAUUUCCGUGAUGAACCAGUGGCCCGGCGUGAAGCUUCGGGUGACGGAGGGUUGGGACGAGGAUGGCCACCACUCGGAAGAGUCGCUGCACUACGAGGGGCGUGCAGUGGACAUCACCACGUCGGACCGGGACCGCAAUAAGUACGGGCUGCUGGCGCGCUUGGCGGUGGAGGCCGGCUUCGACUGGGUGUAUUAUGAGUCCAAGGCCCACGUGCACUGCUCCGUCAAGUCGGAGCACUCUGCUGCAGCCAAGACAGGUGGCUGCUUUCCUGCUGGAGCCCAGGUGCGCCUGGAGAAUGGGGCACGUGUGGCCUUGUCAGCUGUGAGGCCAGGAGACCGGGUGCUGGCCAUGGGGGAAGAUGGAAGCCCCACCUUCAGUGACGUGCUCAUUUUCCUGGACCGUGAGCCAGAGCGGCUGAGGGCCUUCCAGGUUAUUGAGACCCAAGACCCCCCACGCCGCCUGGCACUCACGCCCGCCCACCUGCUCUUCACCGCCAACAAUUACACAGAACCAGCGGCCCACUUCCAGGCCACGUUUGCCAGCCAAGUGCAGCCUGGCCAGUAUGUGCUGGUGGCCGGGCUGCCAGGUCUGCAGCCUGCCCGAGUGGCAGCUGUCUCCACACAUGUGGCCCUUGGAGCUUAUGCCCCACUCACAAGGCAUGGAACACUGGUGGUAGAGGAUGUGGUUGCCUCCUGCUUUGCAGCUGUGGCUGAUCAACGCCUGGCUCAGUUGGCCUUUUGGCCUCUGAGACUAGUUCACAGCCUGGCAUGGGACAGCUGGACCCUGGGUGAGGGUGUGCACUGGUACCCCCAGCUGCUCUACCGACUGGGGCGACUCUUGCUGGAAGAGGGCACCUUCCACCCGCUGGGUGUGUCUGGGUCAGGGAGCUGAAGGGUCCCACCACUACCCUCCCAGAACUGCCAUACUGGAUCCAAAGGCCUC